AUGGGACUCCGAUCAAGGGUCCGCCUUUUUUUUCUGGUUGGUUUCUUUUUGUUAUCGCGCUUUGUCCAACUCACCACUCCCCCCACCCUCACACCGAUCAAGAUGCUCGGUAUCAUCAACGCAGCAAAAGCCAUGUUGGGGACGAGAUGGCGAGGAAGACCGACCAAGCGUCCGACGCUGCUGCUCAGAUGCAUUUUGCUCAUCGCAGCGGAGCUCGCUGUCAACGCUCUGCUCUGGGUGGUAGCUGCCAUCGUGUUUCGCCAUCGUACCCGAUUCCUGACUCUGUCCUUGCUGGCGUGGACACUUGGUCUGCGUCACGCGCUCGAUGCUGAUCAUAUCUCAGUCAUAGACAAUGCCACUCGUCGCAUCGUCUCUCUCAGCUACACCACUGGUGACACGGGCUCGGGUGCGUCGCUUCGACCACGGAGACCUGUGACGUGUGGCCUUUGGUUCUCGCUCGGUCACUCGACCAUUGUCAUCGCCGUGAUCUGCGCCAUCGCGAUCAGCCUUGGCAUCGUGGACCGUUUGGGUAAGGUCAGCUCGGUCGGCGGCAUCGUCGGUGCAGCCGUCUCUGGAUCCACGCUGUUUCUCUUUGCCAUCGUGAACUCCGUCCUGCUCUAUCAGAGCAUCAGAGCAUCGCGCAAUCAUCGCACUCCGUCCGGCGAGCCAGACCGUAUAGAGCCCACCUCGGAUCUGCUCAAGACCGCUACUUCAGCCGAACUCGCAGACAAAGAGCAGCAACAGAACCAAGACCACCGUUUCAGAGGCAUCUUCACUCGUCUCGCUUAUCCGCUGUUCCGUCUCGUCGACCGUCCAUACAAACUGUACCCCAUCGGUGUCCUGUUUGGACUUGGAUUCGAUACUGCCUCUUCCAUCGCGCUGCUCGGUAUAGCAGGCGCAACCAACACGCAGGUGCAGGACACUUCUCUCGACGCGGAUCAGGCUAUCUUUCCAGAAAAUGGUACCACCCGAUCGGACGCCAGCAUCGUCCUGUUGGCACUGCUUUUCACCGCCGGCAUGACUCUGGUCGACAGCCUUGAUUCGGUGCUCAUGAUCAAUGCCUAUGCCCCUGGUGAGCUUCUCGCUCCUGUAAGCAAGGAAUCUGGUCCAUCAAAAAGACUUGCUUGGCUAAAGCGGCUGCGUUUCUUGGAGGAUCCUUCUUCACAACGGUCGCCACCACCAUACGUCGCAGGGGCAAGAGAUGAAAAGAUCGAGACGACAGAUGACAGCAAGCAGAAGGACGAUCACGCGAAUGUAGAAACAGACGAUCAGGAUCUCCACCGCAACGAUCACGGCACAUCCUCCAACUUGUCUCACCUCCUCACGCUGCUCUCCAUCUUGCUAGCAUUCGCCAUUUCCAUCAUCACCCUCAUGGGUCUCAUCGGCGAGAACUGCGAUCGAUGCGCCAGGGCAGCUGCUAAGCAGAGUGACAGCCACGAUGGCGGUCUCGAGGGUCGAUGGUGGCUCUUUUGGCAGCAGGCUAACGAUGCCUCUGGGAUCAUCGGUGCUUGCAUCGUCGGCGGCUUUGCUGCCAUUCUGUUGGCUUGGUACGCCGGCAAGGCUAUUUUGAGACGCUAUCAAAAAGCACAAGCAUGA